AACCAUAGUGUGACACUAAAGUUAGACCUGGCUAUUCUCAAACAAAAGAGAAGUUGGACCCUCCACAAGCACUUGCCCUCGCCAUGGAGAAGUUUAAGGCUGCGAUGCUUCUAGCAGGAACAGGGGAUGCUUUGGGCUAUAAGAACUUUAGUUCAGAAAUGUGUGUUUCAGGAGUAAAGAUCCAAGAAGAGCUAAAACAACUUGGGGGAUUGGAAAACUUGGUUCUGUCAGCUAACAGCUGGCCAGUGAGUAACAAUACUCUAAUGCACAUAGCCACAGCGGAAUCACUAGUCUCAGAUUACUGGAGUCUAGAAGACCUGUAUCGUGACAUGGUGAAACGUUAUGUUGAUGUUGUUGACAAGCUGCAGGGCCGGAGGCCUGAUCCAGCAACUAUUGAAGGAUGUGCACACUUGAAACCAGAUAACUACCUGCUUGCUUGGCACACCCCAUUCAAUGAAAAAGGUUCAGGAUUUGGAGCUGCAACAAAAGCCAUGUGUAUUGGGAUGAAAUACUGGAAACCAGGAAGGUUGGAAACAUUAAUUGAAGUCAGCAUUGAAAGUGGGAGAAUGACGCAUAACCAUCCAACAGGGUUCCUUGGGUCCCUGUGCACGGCCCUGUUCACUUCCUACGCAAUCCAAGAAAAACCACUUGUUCAGUGGGGAAGAGAAUUGCUGAAGGUGUUGCCUAUGGCUGAAGAGUACUGUAAGAAGACUAUUCGGCACAUGGCAGAAUAUCAGGAGCACUGGUUUUAUUUUGAAACCAAGUGGCAGUUUUACCUGGAAGAAAGAGAAAUUGCCGAAGAGAAUGAGAACAAACCUAAAUUUCCUGAUAAGUACGAUGCGGAAGAAAGAGACAAGGCAUACAGGAAAUGGAGCUCAGAGGGAAGAGGGGGAAGAAGAGGACAUGAUGCCCCUAUGAUUGCAUACGAUGCUCUUCUAGGGGCAGGGGGUGACUGGAAAGAACUUUGUAACAGAGCAAUGUUUCAUGUAGGAGAAGGUGGUGCUACUGGGUCUAUAGCAGGGUGUCUGUAUGGAUUGCUCUAUGGUAUAAGUAAAGUUCCAAAAAGCUUAUACCAGCAGCUUGAGAUGAAGGAAAGACUUGAAAACCUUGGCGAGAAGCUCUAUCACGUAGCUACAAUGGAAAAGUAAAGCAGUUUCUACUAUUUCAUGUUUCUUAUAUCUAACUUUCCAACACUAUGGACAGUAAUCUACUGUGAGUUGCUGUUCUUUUAGACUGUUCUUUUUCAGUCCUAAAGAACUGAAAGAUUAUUAAACCAAUUUGUUUGAAAAAUUCACCCAAAGGAAGCAGGGCCGAUCCUGCGCAUUUUGCCGCCUGAGGCGGGUUUCAUUUUGCCGCCCCCUCCCCUUCCCCACGGUACUCACUGUUCCAGACCGGGACGGGGUAGGGGGGGUCCACAUCACUAAUGCAGAGCGCGCAGUUGCGCGCUCUGCACUAGAAGAGCCGAAUUUCCGGGUUGAAAACUUCAGAACACUAAUUAUUACUCUGGCUACAUGAUAUUGAACUAUCACUAUAGUAGUUACUUAAUAGUGAUUGGACGUAUGUAAUGCUUGUAUACUGGUAACUAUUUUUGUCUUCUGAAGUGCAACUAGUUUUUACAUGUGUCUUUUGUUCACAAAUUCUCCAGCUUGUGAUGUUUUUGCUUCUGCCUUAAGUGCUUGUACAUAACUGAGAUUUAUAUAUAUAUCAGAAUUUUGGCACUUUAAACACUCAUGAAAAAAAAUUAAGGUUAGGUGAUGUUCUUACUUAAAAGUGCAAAUCAGCACAAUCCAAUUUCAACUGAAUGGAAAUGUUUAUUCAAAAUAAACCUGUUUUCCCUUG